CCAGUCUCCAGCUCACCCGGCUCUCGGUUGAUCUCGAUGUCGAAGUGGCACUGCGGCCGGUCCUGCGCCCCCAUCGCGACAGAGGUGGCGGCAAGAGCUGGGAGAGAGGGGGAGGAAAGCAGUGUCCUCAUGACUUCUCUUGUGGAUCAUGUCCAUGAUCUUUUUUGCCUGUGUGGUACGGGUGAGGGAUGGACUGCCCCUCUCAGCCUCUACUGACUUUUACCACACCCAAGAUUUUCUGGAAUGCAGGAGACAGCUCAAGACUUUAGGCUUGCGACUGGCCCAGUAUCCAGGUCGAGGUUCUGCAGAAGGCCGUGACUUCAGUAUACAUUUUUCUUCUUCGGGGGAUGUGGCCUGCAUGGCUAUCUGCUCCCACCAGUGUCCAGCAGCCAUGGCCUUCUGCUUCCUGGAGACCCUGUGGUGGGAAUUCACAGCUUCUUAUGACACCACCUGCAUUGGUCUAGCCUCCAGGCCAUAUGCUUUUCUCGAGUUUGACAGCAUCAUUCAGAAGAUAAAGUGGCAUUUUAACUAUGUAAGUUCCUCUCAGAUGAAGAGCAGCUUGGAAAAAAUUCAGGAGGAGCUCGAAUUCCAGCCUCCAGUGGUUCUCACUGUGGAGGACACAGAUGUGGCAAAUGGGAUGAUGAACGGUCACCUACCAAUGCACUUGGAGCGUGCUCCUAAUUUCCGAAUGGAACCAGUGACAGCCCUGGGUAUCCUCUCCCUCAUUCUCAACAUCAUGUGUGCUGCUCUGAAUCUCAUCCGUGGAGUUCACCUUGCAGAACAUUCUUUACAGGUUGCCCAGGAAGAGAUUGGAAACAUUCUGGCUUUUCUUAUUCCUUUUGUAGCCUGCAUUUUCCAGGAUCCAAGGAGGCCGGUUCUUGUGGUUGGACCAAACCUCAAGGUCCAUCCCUGACCCAAAUGAGGAGCACUCUGAUUCUCCCAUUCUGGGAGCAUGAUGUCAAACUUCUGUUGCUGGGGAAACCUCAUCAGCAGGGAACCUGUGGAAAAGGACUUGUCAGUAAAAUCUGAGAAUGGCUGGAUAUGGAAACAUCUGCCCAUGUGUACCGAUGGCAGAGCUGUUGCUCACAAGCGCCUUUUAUUUAGGGUAAAAUUAAAAAACCCAUUCCAUUCCUUCAACCCCUGCUAGGUACAUAUGACCUUCUUUAACCCUUUCAUUUGUAUGAUUCUGGGCUUGCUUCAGAAGCAUUAUUUAAUGAGUUAUUCCCGUGACUUGACCCCCAGGAUUCUAUUUUGUUUAAUGGACCUUCUAUUAAGAGCAUACAAUAGUGAGGCCUAUUUAGUCAGGGCAAAACCAUUUACUGCAUAUGUUCAUUUUGCAUACUUGCUGUCCAUGCCACACAAGCUUCCUAGUGUUUUCAUGUAACAGCAUAGAUCUAUUUUGAGUAAAUUAUGGGUAUGUUUUGACAAACUUUUGAAGAGUAGUAAAACUUAAACUUGUGUAAAUGUAUGUAAAGAACAUUGUAUAGCCAUUUAUAUCCUAUGUACAUAUAAAUAAAUGAUGUGGCUCCAGAAGUGGGAGGAGAAUAAAUCUAAGGCGUUUAUUAACA